AUGUUUCAAUAUAUAAAAGCAACGCAAAGAAAUAGGGUAACUAAUCAAUUAUUCACAUCUACAUUCGCCAUAUGUUUUAUGUUGGUUGGAGCCAAUUCAUUAAUCCCAUGUCCAGUCGACAGUGUUCAUGGUAAUGACUCAAUAGUUGAUGAAAGGUUGGUUAAACAUGAAGAAUUGAGAAAGAAGAAUGCUGAAAGCAAAGGAGAAAUAUGA